AUGGGCUGGGCCUCGCCUGAUGGGAAAAGGUGUAUCCCGGUCGGACAGGUGAGCACAGAGGGCCAUCAUGCUCUGGACAGGUACAGGUGUGGACUCAGAUGUUCAGCCAGUGAGGACCAGCAUCAGGACCCGACGCCGAACAACGAUCACGGAGGCGGCUCCAGCUCUGGCUCAGGGAACGGGACGACUUCUGGUCAUGGUUCGACGAGUUCGGGUCACGACUCGAGUUCGGGUCACGACUCGAGUUCGGGUCACGGAGGAGGCCCCAUCACCACUCUGCCCAUCGUGUCCUGGAAGUGGCAUCAUGUCUCCACCCCCUACCUGGUGGCCCUCUGGAUCCUGGUCAGCUGGAUCUGCAAACUCAUCAUCGAGGCCAACCACCAUGUCACCAACAUCAUCCCAGAGAGCGCCCUGCUCAUCUGCUUCGGCUUCAUCCUGGGGGUCAUCUGGGGGGCCGAUAAGGCCCAGACCUUCACCCUCACCCCGACGGUCUUCUUCUUCUACCUGUUGCCUCAGGUCAUCCUGGACGCUGGCUACUCCAUGCCCAACAAGCUGUUCUUCAGCAACAUGGGGGCCAUCCUGGUCUACGCCGUCAUAGGAACCUGUUGGAACGCCGCCAGUCUGGGGCUGUCGCUGUGGGGAUGUCACAUGGGGGGAGCCAUGGGUGACUUGGACAUCGGCCUGCUGCAGUACCUGCUGUUCGGCAGCCUGAUCGCCGCUGUGGAUCCCGUCGCCGUCAUCGCCGUGUUCGAGCAGGUGCACGUGAACGAGGUCCUGUUCAUCAUGGUGUUCGGGGAGUCACUGCUGAACGACGGCGUUACAGUGGUGCUUUUCAACGUAUUUGAUGCAUUCGUGUCUCUGGGAGGAGCUAAAAUCAACGCGGUGGAGAUUAUUAAGGGGAUAAUUUCCUUCUUCGUGGUGGCGUUCGGCGGCUCCCUCGUCGGCUUCGUCUUCGGCCUCCUGAUUUCUCUUCUAACCAGAUGCACCAAGAACAUCCAGAUCAUCGAGCCGGGCUUCGUGUUCGUACUCGGAUACCUGGCCUACCUGACGGCCGAGAUGCUGUCGCUGUCUGCCAUCCUGUCCAUCGUGUUCUGUGGAAUGUGCUGCCAGAAGUACAUCAACUCCAACAUGGACGAGAACUCGGUGAACACGGUCCGAUACGCCAUGAAGGUUUUCGCCAACGGCUCGGAGACCAUCAUCUUCGUCUUCCUCGGCAUCUCAGCCAUCGACAAGACGCUGUGGGUCUGGAACACCGGCUUCAUCCUCCUCACGCUGCUCUUCGUCAUCGUCUACAGAUUCAUCGGUGUGUUUUUCCUCACAUGGAUCCUGAACAAGUUCCGGCUGGUUCCUCUGGAGGUCAUCGAUCAGGUGAUCAUGAGCUACGGUGGCCUGCGAGGGGCGGUCGCCUACGGCCUGGCCAUGAUGCUGGACGAGAACAAGAUCAAGGAGAAGAACCUGAUGGUCUGCACGACGCUCAUCGUUGUCUACUUCACCGUCAUCAUCCAGGGAAUCACCAUGAAACCUCUGGUCACGUGGCUCAAAGUGAGGAGAGCUGCUGUGUCAGAGCUCACACUCAUAGAAAAAGUGCAGAACAAGGUGUUCGAUCACAUGCUGGUGGCCAUAGAAGACAUUUCAGGACAGAUCGGACACAACUACAUGAGGGACAAGUGGAAUUAUUUCGAGGAGAAGUGGAUGUCGAGGGUUUUGAUGAAGCCGUCAGCGAGGAAGAACCGCGAUCGCCUCUUCAAGGUCUUCCACCAGCUAAACCUGAAGGAUGCCAUGAGCUACGUGGCCGAGGGUGAACACCAAGGCUCUCUGGAGUUUGUCCGCAAUAAAAACGCUUUCAUCGACUUCAAGAAGAAGAACAUAGAUGACGACUACUACGAGGUGAUGCCCGACAUCAUGGCCGACAUGUCUGAUGAUCACAGUGAAAUGUCUUCUGACCGCAGAGAUCCAGUUCCUUCAGUGAGUCUGGAGAUGCACGAACAGAACAUGAAGGCUGUGAGGGAAUCUGAGGACAUUAAUACUCACCACCUGCUGCAACAGCACCUGUACAGAGGCAGGAAACAGCACCGACACAGAUACAGUCGCAGCCACUUCGACGUCAACAAAGACGAGGGUGAAGUCCAGGAGGUCUUCCAGAGGACGAUGAGGAGCCGCCUGGAGUCCUUCAAGUCGGCGAAGAUGGGCGUCGCUCCUCCGAAGACCCUCAGCAAACACCCCAAGAAGGAGCAGCAGCAGAAGACGUCAAAUGGAAAAUCUUUGGACAAGACUAGAAGUUACUACUCAGGAGAUGAAGACUUUGAGUUCUCAGAAGGAGACAGCGCCUCCGGCUUCGACCCGUCGUACAAUGCCAUGUCCAUGAGAGUCACCUACAGAGCUGGAGCUGGUAUCGAGAACCUGGGCUUCAUGCCGGACCUGGACCAUGCACCUUCAGUCCAGCUCCCCCCCUGGCUGGAGGACAGCAGCUCUGUGGUUCCGUCCCAGAGAGCUCAGGUCCAUCUGCCCUGGUCCCACAGCAGCCUGAGACGCCUGGCUCCUCUCCAGACCAGCACCAGGUCCACCGACUCAGACGAUCCUCCUAACGCUCAGCAGAUAGACCUGCCACCUCCUCCGUCUCCUCCUCCAUCUCCUCCACCUCCACCUCCUUAUCAUGACCGCAUGUAGGAUCAUUCACCUCCUCCUCCACCUCCUCCACCUCCUCAUCAUGACCACAUGUAGGAUCAUUCACCUUCUCUACCUCCUCCUCCACCUCCUCCAAAGACUCAACCUCCUCCCGAAGUUUCUGGUCUGAUGGAGUAAACCAGGAUCUUCUCCUCCCUGAAUGUGACAGAAAACUACCUUAUUUAUAGUAAACUGUGUGAAGAUAAACAGAGAGGAUUAAAUAAUCGUAGUGACCCAAAUCUGAUCUUGUGUGUCUCUCAGGUUCCAGAUUAACCUCAAAGAAUUAAUCUGCUGUAAAAAUGUUUGAUAAAAGUGAUGUAUUUAUUAAUCUGUUUGUUGCUUCAUCAACCUGAACAACAUCUAAACCUGGUGUGACUUUAAAUUUAGAAAUAAACAUAAGGAAGCCUCUGG